GCGCUGCAUCUCGUCGGGAUCUCGUCUGUUCUGGACGCUCACACCGCGCGUAUAAAAUCGCGCUGUCCCUCGAACCGUCAGCUCACAUCGUCAUCUCGAUCUCCAAGAACCGAGCGCCCACCUCCGAGUCCCUCGACCUCGAUAUUCAUCCUCCCUCCUCACGCCCAACGAAACCCCGCCCAUGUCCGACCCAACAAGACUCGCCCACACCUCCUGCGACGCGUGCUACCAGACCGUGCAACACAGCGGCACCGCGCGCGGCCGGAUGGAGGUCGUCGUGGGCGUGCAGACGUACGUCACCGGCGCGGACGCGGACAACGCGGGCGCGAAGAACAUCGUGCUGCUCUUCCCCGACGUGUUCGGGCCGCAGUACAUCAACAACCAGCUGUUGAUGGACUACGUCGCUGGCCACGGCUUCACCGUGCUCUGCAUCGACUACUUCCGCGGCGACGCGUACACGGAGGCGCGCAUCACGGACACCUCGUUCGACCGCAAAGCGUGGCGCGCGAAGAUCGAGGCGGACCUGCGCGAAACGGGCCUCUGCAGGGCGUGGGUGGACGCGGUGCGCGCGCGCUACCCGCACGCGAAGAUCAGCACGUUCGGGCACUGUUUCGGCGGGCGGCACGCGAUCGAGGCGUGUGUGGACGAUGCGUUCGUGGCGACGGCGAUCGCACACCCCGGCGAACUGUACGAGGAACACUUCAACGUGCUCAAAGUCCCCAUCCUGCUCAGCUGCGCCGAAGAAGACCGCACGUUCCCGAAAGAGCUGCGCCGCCGGGCCGAGGACGCGCUCGUCGCGCGCAAGCACACGUAUCACUUCCAGAUCUUCAGCGGCGUGUCGCACGGGUUCGCCGUGCGCGGGAACCCGGACGUCGAGAACGAACGAUGGGCAAAGGAGGAGUGCGCAAGGGGUAUGGUGGAGUGGUUUAAGCGCUUUGGCCAGUUUUAAAGUGUGGCGUAGGGUGUUGUAGAGAAUGGAGAUAGUGUCAAAUUGUAAGAUGUACAAUGUAUCAGUACCAAGCCGCCUAAGAUCAAAAGACGAGCGCAAAUUUCAG